UUCCUUCUUCUUCACUUCCAUUGGACCGCUCCGCUCCGCUCCAGCCAUGUUUUAAUUCUCCAUCUCUAAACAAAUAUAAUAAUAUAUCGCAUCCGUUCAUUUAUACAUUCUUAUACUCUGGAUCCUGAUCUGAACCCUACCCUCCACCACCGGAGCAGACACCGCGCAGGAGCUCUGCUUCGGCGAUCCCCAACCCUACCCUACCAUAUAUUUAUUAUUAUGUGCAUAUAUGGGGUUCAUUAGUUCCUUCCCACCUUUCCCAUAUCUUUGGCGUAACAUCGUAAGAUUAUGAAAAAAUCCCAGUUCUGAUUUUGUUUAGUUUUCCUUUUCUUCCCUCUCGGGCCGCCUCGCUAGGUUCUGUUGUGUGUUUUUCCGCAGACCACAGGGUGAGUGUUUCUUACCUCUCCCGGCUUUUACUCUACUGGGUUCGGUUCUGCAUUCAAUUUGAGGCCGGGUGUAAGCAUGCCCUUGGUUUGCGUUGUAUUUGCUUCUUUUUCCCUGGAUUUGUGUAGGAUCCUUUUUACUGUUAUGAGUUUCUGAUGGGUUAGGGAUUGGCAAUGUUUAAGAAGGAGGGAAAAUUUUCAUGAAUAGAGAACCUGAUGGUAUUGCAUAAUUGGCUUGUGUAGAACCUGAUGGUAUGACGAAUCGAUCCAGGCGUGAAUGUAACUUUAAAAACUGAUCCUCUCCUUACCAUCUUUUGGCUUGAACUUGGAACCAGACCAUGUUGGAAAAGGAGUUUUUCACCGAGUAUGGCGAGGCAAGCCAGUACGAUAUACAAGAAGUGGUUGGGAAAGGAAGCUAUGGGAUUGUUGCAUCGGCUAUAGAUACUCACACCGGGGAGAAGGUGGCCAUCAAGAAGAUGAACAACGUCUUCGAGCAUGUCUCUGAUGCCACACGCAUCUUGAGGGAGAUCAAGCUACUUCGCUUGCUUCGCCACCCAGAUAUAGUGGAGAUCAAGCACAUAAUGCUUCCUCCAUCCCCAAGGGAAUUUAAAGAUAUCUAUGUGGUUUUUGAGUUGAUGGAAUCUGAUCUUCACCAGGUAAUUAAGCUGAACCACGAUUUGACUCCUGGUCAUCACCAAUUCUUCUUGUACCAGCUUCUUCGAGGUCUAAAGUAUAUACAUUCAGCUCACGUCUUUCACCGAGACCUGAAGCCGAAAAAUAUUCUGGCCAAUGCAGACUGCAAGCUGAAACUUUGUGACUUUGGGCUUGCUCGUGUGUCAUUUAGUAAUGCCCCUUCCGCUAUCUUUUGGACAGAUUAUGUGGCAACCCGAUGGUAUCGUGCCCCGGAAUUGUGUGGCUCCUUUACUUCCAAGUACACUCCUGCAAUUGAUAUAUGGAGCAUAGGAUGCAUAUUUGCGGAGUUGGUAACAGGCAAGCCCUUGUUUCCUGGGAAAAACGUGGUGCAUCAAUUGGAUCUCAUCACUGAUUUGCUUGGCACUCCUCCUCCUGCUACCAUUGCACGGAUCGGGAAUGAAAAAGCUAGGAAGUAUCUGACUUGCAUGAGCAAAAAGCAACCAAUCCCAUUCACCAAAUAUUUCCCCGGAAAAGACCUAGCGGCUCUUCGGUUACUGGAGCGCAUGCUAGCAUUUGACCCUAAAGAUCGUCCAUCUGCUGAAGAGGCACUGGCUGAUCCAUACUUCCAUGGCCUGGCUAAUUUGGAGAAUGAACCAACUAGGGUACCCAUUUCAAAACUGGAGUUUGAAUUUGAAAGGAGAAGACUGACACGAGAUGAUGUAAGACAAUUAAUCUACAGAGAGAUCUUGGAGUACCAUCCUGAAAUGCUAAAAGAGUACCUCCGGGGCAUAGACCAGACUCACUUCGUGUAUCCUAGCGGAGUUGACUGGUGCAAGGAACAGUUUGCUUGUCUGGAGGACGAAAAUGGCGAUAUAAUUGAAAGAACCAGCCCAGUACACAGGAAACAUGCCACUUCUUUGCCAAGGGAAAGGGUGUGCACCAUUGAUGACCAUGAUGAUCCCAAGAAGGGGGGCUGUCACUGUUCUCAUGGUUGUGCUGAUAAUGCAAAUCCGAAUUCCAGUUCUGUUUCUCGUCCAGCGACUGUACAGAGCCAGAGCCCUCCUUCACUACCAGCUGAGGAAUCAUCGCUGCCGCCUUCUGCUAACAAAAAGAGUAGCACAUUAUCCAAACAGAGCAGCAGCGGCAACCCCAUCACACCAACUUGCAGCAGUGGGUGCAGCCUGCUGAAGAGCGACAGCAUCUGUGCAUCCAUGUGUGUUGGUAUCGUUGGAAAAGAUCGGUAGGUUCAUGCUCGGUGAAUUUGACAGAUGGAUGAUGACGGUGUUGCCGCUACAUCUGGAAUUUGGAAGGCGGGUCGUAAUUCCUCCAGUUUUUAUUGCUUGAUGAUGAUGACGAUAAGGUUACUGAUGUUUGCAUGUAAUUGUGGGUACAUUGUGAUAUCUGUUUUGUACUAACGAGCAACCGUUCUGUAUUCUGGUUCUUCGAUUUGGAAAUACUGGGAUUGUGCUUAUGGGGCAGCAAGUGCAAAAACCUCCUCUCCGUAGCCAUUUGAUUUGUUUUCUUCGGUCGUUAAAGGAAACCAAGAAACAAAACUAAUCACA